AGUAGUGACCUGUGCCCGGACAUGUUGGCAGUUUGGCACGAAGUUCACGAGUUCAGAACUUCAGAACAUGAACACGACGUCACAUGUACACGAGUCCAAUUUAUAGUCCAAUCUCUAUUCUCCAAUGUCAAAAUCCAGUCCAGUAGUAUUUUCUCCAAUCCCUAUUUAUAGUCCAAGCUGAGAAGUCAUACUCAGAUGCACUCACCAGUCAAGUAGUCAACAGGCCACCAGGGCGGCGCACGGGGACUGGACCGGGGACGGGCGGACGGCCGCCGGCGGACUGGACGACUGGUGGAGGCGCGGAGUCUCGGAGCUCGCGGCUGUGCAGCAGUGGGGCGGGCGGGCGGCGGCCGGUGGUGCUGGGGGCGGGGCAUCCGAGUCCUGUGGUCAGCUGAUUUUUACAGAAUCGGAGUGGUGGGCCCGACACAACACCGGAAACUACACCACCGCCGCCCCCCACCUCCACUCGGGCCCUCACCACCCGCCAAGCUCCUUGUACCCGCUCUCGCGCAACCACAGCAGCGCCCGCCUCACCCAGCCCUGCACACUGCCGACCUAGAGCGCGGGGGAGCUCAGGAACGCAUUGGAUUUGUGGAGAUUUGCGGGAGAAGAAGCGAGGGGGAGAGAGCUAAACUAGGGUUCAGGGAAUUCGGGGCCGAGAGGAGCGAUGAGCAUUGUGCCCAAGGAGACGAUUGAGGUCAUCGCUCAGAGCGUCGGCAUCCCCAGCCUCGGCGCCGAUGUCGCCGUCGCGCUCGCCCCUGACGUCGAAUACCGCCUCCGCGAGAUCAUGCAGGAAUCCAUUAAAUGUAUGCGGCAUGCAAAGCGGACUGUUCUGACGGCGGAUGAUGUUGACAGUGCCCUGGGCCUCAGGAAUGUUGAGCCUGUGUAUGGAUUUGCUUCUGGUGAUCCAUUGCGUUUUAAGAGAGCUGUUGGGCAUAAGGAUCUCUUCUAUCUUGAUGAUCGGGAGGUAGACUUCAAAGAGAUUAUUGAAGCUCCUCUGCCUAAAGCCCCCCUGGACACAUCAGUUGUAGCCCAUUGGCUAGCGAUUGAGGGGGUACAGCCUGCAAUACCAGAGAAUCCUGCUAUUGACGCAAUUGUACCAUCAACUGAAAAUAAAAGGUCUGAGCAUGGGAAGGAUGAUGGACUUACAAUUGAUGUCAAGCUUCCUGUUAAGCAUGUAUUAUCUAGAGAAUUACAGAUGUACUUUGAUAAAAUAGCUGAGCUUACUAUGAGUAGAUCUGAUACGUCCCUUUUUAAAGAAGCUUUAGUGAGCCUGGCAAAAGAUUCUGGUCUUCAUCCUUUGGUUCCUUAUUUUUCCUACUUCAUUGUAGAUGAGGUUACCCAGAGUUUGGGUGAUCUUCCUGUUUUAUUUGCUCUAAUGAGAGUAGUCCAAAGUCUUCUCCGUAAUCCACAUAUUCAUAUUGAACCUUAUUUGCACCAGCUGAUGCCAUCAAUGAUCACUUGCAUUGUUGCAAAAAGGUUAGGGCAUAGGCUCUCAGAUAACCACUGGGAACUUAGAGACUUCUCUGCCAAUUUGGUUGCUUCCUUAUGUCGGAGGUUUUGUCAUGUCUAUCACAACCUUCAGAAUCGGUUAACUAAAACAUUGAUCCAUGCAUUUCUUGAUCCUGCCAAAUCAUUGACACAACAUUAUGGUGCUGUUCAAGGGAUAUCUGCAUUGGGGCCCAGCGCGAUUAGACUUCUUCUUUUGCCCAACCUUGUGACAUAUAUGCAACUUCUGGAGCCGGAACUACACCUUGAGGAGCAGAAAAACGAGAUGAAAAGGAAGGAAGCUUGGCGUGUUUAUGGUGCCUUGCUGUGUGCUGCAGGAAAAUGCUUGUAUGAUCGGUUGAAAUUAUUUCCUGGUUUGCUUUCUCCAUCGAAGCGGCCUCUUUUACGGAGCAACAAAAGGGUCUUAACCAACAACCCAAAUAAGCGAAGAUCUAGCACAGAUCUCUCUGCAACUCAGCCACCUCUGAAGAAGAUGGCAACAGACGCAACAGCCAACUCCAUGGCCUCAGCUUCCAUGGGAGGAAACAUGCAAGGUGCCAUGGAUGGCUUUUCCAACCAGUUAGCCAACCCUGGCAUGAUGCAGGCCUCGUCCUCUGGGCAGAUGGUGGAGAGCAUCCCAUCAGCUGCAAUCCGGAGAGAUCAGGGAAGUGAUCUCGCACAGAGAGUUUCUGCAGUGCUUAGGCAAGCUUGGAAGGAGGAUCAGGACACUGGUCAUCUCUUGGGGUCUCUGUAUGAGGUCUUCGGUGAAGCCAUCUUCUCCUUUGUCCAACCACCAGAGAUAUCCUUGUUUGUGUAGAGAGGAAAUGCAUAGGCUCUGGGUUUUAUUAUUCUACGCUGUUGUACAACUAGGGAUGUUUUGCAGAGUUCACGAAUGUAAUGCAGGUUGUAGUUUAGUCAGUUACUGCAUGUAUUCGUAACAUAUUCCAGUUAUGUAUGCUGUGCUGCUAAGUUAUGUCACUAGUAUUUUUUUUCAAGUCCGGCUAUCCACCACAUGCAUUUUAUGGUGGCAUUGGCAUUCAGAUUCAGAUGGUGGCAACUGGGAACGUUUGAUGUAUUCUACUAUAGUUGUCAGCA